ACGACGGUUGUGGAUGCUCAACUACCCCCCCCCCCCAGUGGCUUCUUCAACCUCGACGCCACGGCCACCUACCACCCCUUAAUCAUCAUCAGAAAUGCAGAGCUGGAAACUGGUCUGAAAGGAAGACUUUGAGCUUUUCUUCGUACCAGACAAGUCACCUAUGGAUACGCCGCCGCAUUCCGAUUCUCCUGCCGAACAAGGACCAGGCGUAAUCACCUGCAGAGCUGCGGUGGCAUGGGGUCCGGGAGAGGCUCUGGUGAUGGAGGAGGUGGAGGUGAGCCCUCCGCAGCCGAUGGAGAUCCGAAUUAAGGUCGUCUGUACCUCUCUCUGCCGCAGUGAUCUCACAGCCUGGCUCUCUCAGCCCCGGUCUUCCCCCCUUUAUCCUCGGAUUUUCGGCCACGAAGCAUCGGGGAUUGUGGAGAGUGUGGGUGAAGGAGUGAGAGAGUUUGCACAAGGAGACCAUGUCCUCACAUUGUUCACCGGGGAGUGCGCAAAGUGUAGACAUUGCAUCUCGAGGAAAAGCAAUGUUUGUCAAGUUCUUGGACUAGAACACAGAGGAGUCAUGCACAGUGACCAAAAGACGCGCUUCUCUCUAAAAGGGAAACAAGUGUAUCAUUAUUGUGCAGUUUCAAGUUUCAGUGAGUUUACGGUUGUCCACUCUGGUUGUGCUGUCAAGGUCAAUCCUGUUGCUCCCCUGGAGAAGCUCUGCAUCCUCAGUUGUGGUGCUGCUGCAGGUCUUGGAGCGGCAUGGAAAGUGGCUAAUGUUCCUCAAGGAUCAAAAGUUGCUAUUUUUGGUCUUGGAACUGUGGGCCUUUGCGUAGCCCAAGGUGCCAGACUACGGGGAGCUUCUCAAAUAAUUGGUGUGGACACUAAUCCACAAAAGAAGGAAAUAGGCAAGGGAUUCGGAGUAACAGACUUUCUAAACCCAAAUGACACUGGUGAACCUAUUCAAGAGGUGAUAAAACGAAUGACAGAUGGAGGUGCAGACUUCUGUUUUGAAUGUAUAGGAGACACAGACAUGGUGACCACUGCAUUGCAGUCUUGCUGCGAUGGAUGGGGCUUGACUGUAACUCUUGGAGUCCCAAAGACAAAGCUGGAAAUAAGCGGCCACUUUCGGUUUUUUCUUGCUGGCAGAAAAUUGACAGGAUCUCUUUUUGGUGGCUGGAAACCGAAGUCUGACAUCCCAUCAUUAGUUGACAUGUACCUUAACAAGGAAAUCCAGAUUGAUGAGCUGAUAACCCACAAUCUGCCAUUUGAGGACAUAAACAAAGCGUUUGAUUUGAUGAUGCAAGGCAAAUGUUUGCGCUGUGUUAUACACAUGAAUGCCAACCAAGUAACUUGACCCUUUUACCCUCUCUUUUUUUCUGGAUAAAAAGUUUUAAUUUAGGGCAUGGAUUGGAUUUGGUACUCUUUAUAACCCGGACCGAACUGGACCGGGCGGUUGAACCACAACCCGGACACGUAACCGGUCCGGUCCAACCCCCCCAAAACCCGCAAAAACCCACUGGGACCCGGCCUCUUCAGGGGUUUGACGUCCGGUCCGGGUUUAAAAUCAUUGUUUUAUAGUUAAUGGCCACAUGCCUACAUCUUAUAUGUACUUGACUAAAAUAAAAUGGCAUUAUUUGUGUAAGUCAACAGUUAUUGCCCGUUUGUAGGAGUUAUUUGAUUGAAAUGGAUGAAAUGAAUCCUUUGAAUUUCCAAAGGUUCCGUUUGAGUGGAGCCGUGGAGGAAUUUAGCAAAUUAUAUUGUACAUUUGAAUGUACCCAUUUU